UUCUGGAACGGCACAGCAACUGAGACUCCUGGAAUUCGUCAGAAUACUCAUCUUAAAAGCCACAUAUAUAAAUUAUAGAUUCCAGGAAUCUUAUUAGAAAACGUGAAAUCCUCAAUCGGCUCAUUAGCUAAGCAUGUUUUAUUAGGUUUUGUUCAAAGUUUUCUAUCGGAUAAUCAGAUGGAACCAGAAAUACGACGACACACUGAAAUCGAGAAUAAAGGGCAGCCAACAUGAACAUGCAAAAAAGCAAUGAUUAUCUGGCUGAUGCAAAUCUUAAAAAAUGCCAACAACCAGAAGGACGUCCUCAAAACUUUGCUAACAAUUCAAACUCCAGUGGGAGUAAAAAAUCUCGAUUUGAAGAGGUGGAGAUAAAAUUGGAAAAAAUGUUUGCUGGCAUUGAAGAUGAACAAUGCACGAAUUUAAGUAGCAAAAAUGCUACUUCCAAAUGCGAAACGCCAUCUAAGGUUGUACCGGAAAAGCAACCGUUACAAACAAAGGCAGCUGUGAAGUCGACAGAUUGCAGCAUACCACCUCAGAAGCACAUCCAAUCUCACAUAAAAGAAGCAGUGGUGCUGAAAGGCAAGCAUGAUUUGGAUGCCAUUGAUGAGCAGCCCCUAAAACAUUCCCCACAAGUUGAUUGUGCGGCAACAUCAGCAGCUACUCAAUUUUUGGAGGCACGCACCACAAAACAUGUUCCUGCGAUGGUAAAUAAUGAGGGAAAUGUCCAAAAAGGUGCCAAUAACAGUUUUUCCAAAACAAAAAUGAAAAAGAAAAAAGGAAGUUUAAAACUUGGCGGCCAACAGAAACUUAAAAUGCGCAACACCUGCUCCUCUUCGGACAAUGAUAACGAUGCGGAUGACAAUAUCAACAAUGCAAGGAUAUGGAUGUAAAAUACAGAUCUCCCUAUGUUGUCGUUAAACCCGGUGGAGAUGUAUCCGUUGUAAACUCGACCACUACGGACGAUCACAAUGACAAAUCCAUGAAAUUGAAAAAGAAUCAUGAACGCAAAAAUGUCAAAGGAACAUACUCCUCGACAUUGAGUACUAAGUAUGAUGCUGAUACGCCCGACUCAUCGUGGAUAUGUGUUUUUUGUAAGAGAGGACCGCACAAAAAGGGUCUGGGGGAUUUAUACGGACCCUACAUUGCCUCGUUGGAUAUUUAUAAAUAUCGGACAGAAAAUAACAUUGCAAUCGGUGAGAAUGUCAAAAAUAAAGUAGUUGGAGGAAUGCCGAACGCUACUUGUCCAAAUGACCCCAAUACAUCUCUUGUAAGACCCUUGGCCCCCGAAGCCAUGAAGUCAGAAAACCAACUACCCCAAGGAUUUGAACCGUUGCUAGGUGAUAUGAAACGUCCUCUUCAAAAUGGUCUGGCCAAUGAACCCCAAAGCAUGGAGAUAUGGUUCCACGAGGAUUGUGCAAUUUGGGCCCCAAAUCUAUUUUUGGUAGGUUCGAAACUUGUUGGCCUAGAAAGUGCUAUUUGGAAUAGUACACAACACGUUUGUGUCUACUGCAACAAAUCGGGAGCCAUUGUUUGCUGCUUGGAACGUGAAUGUAAGGAGACGGCACAUCCCAUCUGUGCACAGGAAAGCAAUUGGCUUUUAAAUGAGUCGAAGUUGUGGGCGUAUUGUAUAAAGCAUUAUUGAGGGAAAUAAACAUUACUAAGGUAUAAUGAGCGUAAAUCUGUCAGCUCCAAACUGACAUUGACUAAAUAAACAAAAGAAGACUUGAUUGUA